ACCCCACGCACAUUCUAAACGCAGUUCAUUUUUUGAACCUAAAAAGUCAAAACCCUCACCUGUGACAAAAAAAAAAAAAAACCCAACGCCCACAAAAUUCAAUUUAUCUUAAUCAUCUCUAACCUAUUCGAUUCCCAUUCAAGACCUCCUUUUAUAUCUUCCUUCCCCUGUAUCUCAGAUGUCGCAACAGAAGGAGGAUAUGCCUGUUGACGCCAAGGAUAUAAUAAACGAUAAUCAACAUCAAGAUGUUCAGGACACAGUAGUUUCAGAUGAUGAUGUUAUAGACUACUCAGUCAAACCCGAGUUCUAUGAUCCAAAUCUUGAUGAUAAAGAUCAAUUGUGGAUUCAAAAGAAAAGAAAAGGUCAAUAUUCGGAUGCAGUGCUUAGCUGUCCUGCCUGCUUUACAACUCUGUGCCUAGAGUGUCAAAGGCAUGAGAAAUAUGUGACCCAAUACCGAGCAAUUUUUGUAGUUAAUUGCAAGAUCAAGAAAGAGCAAGUAUCAGAAGAAGGAAGCUUGAAAAGGAAACGAGUUAAAAAAGGUGGUUCAGUCGAUAAUGAGUUGUCUAGUCCCGUUUGUUGUAUGGUUUGUGAGACCGAGGUUGGGGUUAUUGAUGAAGACGAGGUCUACCAUUUCUACAAUGCUCUUCCAAGUGAGUGUUGAUAGUCAUGGGAAUUUCCUUCAAUAUUAGAAAUCAAUCAGAGAAGGCUUGUAGAACUUUUAGGCUCUUCAGAAGUUACUUCAAAAAUUAUGUCUUAGUAAUAUCAUUGAUAUAUGUUGUAACUAAUCUAGAUGGACUCAGAUUGUAACUUUGACCCCGGUAAUAGUCUUAGCCUGUAGUGUCCCAAAACCUGGAUUGUUCCUGGUUUUGGGUGGGAUGAGUUCAACUUGGUCCUAACUGCACUUUGUUAUUUUAUGGAAGGACAAAGUAUUGCAUACAAGCAAUAAGAUGAUCUACAUAUGUUAAA